AUGCCGAUCACUGUGAUUCUCGGCUCUCAAUGGGGUACUUACAGCCCUCGUGACCAACAGAAAGGAAAGCUGACCGACAUUCUUGCUACUAACGCGCAACUCUGUGCGCGAGCCGCCGGAGGUCACAACGCAGGGCAUCAAAUUGUUACCCAGGGUGUGUCAUACAGUUUCCACCUUCUUCCUUCUGGUCUCAUCAACCCGAAUUGCACGAACUUGAUUGGUUCAGGUGUUGUUUUCCAUGUCCCAUCAUUCUUCAGCGAGCUCAAGGAACUUGAUGAGAAAGGCCUCCCCCAAGUUUACGAUCGCAUUCUCGUCUCGGACCGAGUUCAUAUCAACUUGGACCUUCACCUUGCUGUCGAUGGCCUUGAAGAGGUUGAGCUUGGAGAGCAUAAAAUUGGAACUACAGGUCGUGGAAUUGGCCCAUGUUACAGUACAAAGGCUGCACGAAGUGGUAUUCGAUUAGCAGAGGUCUUCAACACUGAGCUGUUUGAGUCAAAACUUCGGCGACUUGCAUCAGGCUUCGCCAAGAGAUAUGGGGACUUGCUAAGAUAUGACGUUGAGGACGAAAUCGCCCGUUUCAGAGAAUAUCGUCCGAAGCUUGCUAGAUUCGCGAUCGAUGCCGUGCCCUUCAUGCAGUCUGCCCAAGAGAACAACAUGAACAUUCUUGUGGAGGGUGCCAACGCCUUGAUGCUAGAUCUCGACGUUGGGUCAUAUCCAUAUGUGACAAGUUCUACCACAACCGUGGCAGGCAUUAUUGGCGGGUUGCACCUUAAUCCCCGCGGCCUCACUGAAGUGAUCGGGGUGAUCAAAUCCUAUACAACCCGAGUUGGGAUGGGCAGUUUCAAAACUGAAGAUCUUGGAGAAGUUGGCACGAAACUCCAGGAAUUGGGUAAAGAAUGGGGAACGUCCACUGGUCGACGGCGUCGUUAUCUUGUGGUCCUUCGAUAUAGCAUGGCUAUCAAUUAUUAUACGGCACUUAACUUAACUAAGCUGGACGUGCUGGAUACAUUCGAGACGAUUAAGAUCGCUGUGGCGUACAAGGAACCUGAGUCCGGUGAGGAGUUGGUUUCGUACCCUUCGGAUCCCGAUACUCUCGAUCGAGCUCAUGUUGUUUAUCACGAGAUGCCGGGGUGGAAGAGACCGACCACGAACGUGAAGACGUUCGAUGAUCUUCCCAAGCAGGCGCAAGACUAUGUCGAGUUCAUUGAAAGCUUUAUUAGAGUCAAGGUAAAAUGGAUUGGCACUGGCCCUGACCGGGAGAGCAUGAUAAAGAAAUAA